CGGACCCUUAAUGCCAUAAGGCGCAGCCCUGUUUUGGUUUAGGGGCGCAGUUGCCAUUUAUUGUUUACAAGCCAUCGUGAUGCAUAUUUAAAUCCAACACAGAAGAUAAGUAAGGUUAGUUUUCAAAACAAACCAAGUGUUUAUUAAUUGAAAAUGCCCAAAGUCAAGAGACAGUCGCUUGAAACACUUAGAAAACUUGCAAAAAUACGCAGAGAGAAAAAAAAAGAAGCCUUCAAUCUUUUACAGAUAGAUCAAGUAAAGAUUAACAAAAAAACCAAAAAGCAAGUAAGUAAUCAAAAGAAAACACCACGGAAAUAUAAGAAGCCCAAAAAGCCAAAAUUCGGGUUUAUAAUUCAAAUAAAAAACCACAAACGUCUAAUUAGAAGAAGCCAGAGAAUUCUAAGAAAUUUGAAAAAAACACAGGAAACCAAAGAAAAAAAACCAAAGAAGAAAACUAAAAAAAUAAGAAAUAAACCAAAGAAACAAGAAUCAAGGAAAAGGCAAAAAAGAAAGGCAGAAGAAGAAAAUGAAAAUUUACCUCCAAGUGAUGUCGUACUGCCCUUGGCGGAAAAAGAAGAAGAAGAAGAGGUAGUAGAACAUAACCAAAACAAUUGUUUAUCUUUCAAAAUGGUAUAUCCGGAUAAAAAGUUUGAAAAUGAAACGUUUCAAUCGAAAUCCAAGUACAAAAUGUUCAAAAAAACUAAGGGCGCAAGGGGGAGGGAAUCAUUUUUUAACAACAGAGGGGGUAGAACUGAUUACUACGGCAAUAGAAAUUAUCGGAAUAGGAAUACAUCGUAUUAUAAUGGCAGACUUUUACCGCAACGCAAAUUCCAUCACAAAAAACCACCAUCAAGGCCACCGUCUCCAGUAGUUGGUAGCGAAGAAUACACAAAACGCAAAAUAGCAGAGACCAGCUCAAAAAUCAUGAAGCAUUUAAUGAACCCCAAUAUUCCGCUUAAAGAAAAGCAACCAGAGCCAAACCAAGACAAAACAAGACAAACCGACUCCAACAAACAAGUAGAAAACAAGUCUGACGCAAACAGUUUCUCGAAAAACAAAAGCAAAAAUAACGCCAAAGAAAUACACGACAAAAUUCUCAACCACAUCACAGGCCUCAACAAAGGCAGAAAGAAAAUGUUCAUCAACGCCAAAAGCAGCACCUAUGAUAUCGUUAUUCAACAGAUACAAAAAAAGAAAAGACUCGAACUGUCGAGGAUUUUUAGGAGAAUGUGCGCUCAGGAAAGUACAGAAGCAAACAACGAAGCUGACGAACUGUUAAACUCCAUCAUUCCAGAUAUCGGUAUUAAAAUUGACGAGUUGCCAAAGGAGUUGAUUGAAGAGCUUAGAAAUACUUUGGAUAUAAGUUUCGAAGAAUGUUAUGACAAUGAAGAUUCAAAUGCUACAGAGAUUUUAGAAAAUUUUGAUAAUCAUUCGGUCGAUUUAGAUGAACCUAUUGAUAAUAAUAAAAUUAUUGAAAAUGAAAUGCACCAAGACAUAGAAUCUGAAGAUAAUACUGUAGGAGAUUUAUUAUCAAAAUCUUUUAAUAAGGCACAUUUUCAACAUGAAUUUAUUAACAUUAAUGAAAACACUAAUGAUAAUAAUGAAAAUGUAUUACAUAAUAACACUCAAGAGAGUGUAGUAGUAGAUGAAGAAACAAUUUCUAUAGAACAAGAAAAAAUAGAUAAUAUGAAUGACAGUAAUAUUGAGAAAAAUAAAAUUGAAACACUUAUAAAACAAGAAAUAAUGGAAGAAGAUAUUACAAAUAAUGACAUGAAUGCUAAUAUUUUUAAACCCAAUAAAGAACCAAUACCUUUUCCACCUAUAAAAGAAGAAAAAAUGAAAGAGGAAAGUCAACAUGACAUUACAAAUAAUGAAAGUAAUGAUAAUAAUACUGAAACAAAUAAAGAAGAAAGUACUGAAUUUAAUAUACCAGCCAUGAAGGACAGUAUUAGCAUAACAGAAAACAGUAUUACUGAGAAUGAUGCUAAAAGUGAAGAUAAAGAUUGUUUAGAACAAGAAAAACACGAAAUAAAAAAAGAGUUUACUUUGGAAGAUUUUUUUGAACCUGAACAAGUGUCAUGUGAUUCUUACAAUAAAGAAAGUAUUUCUUCAAACUCAGUAGAAGAAACUAGUAACAAUUCAGAAGAACUUUUGGUGGAAAAUAAUACCAUUAGUAUAAUAAGUGCUAUUCCUAAAAGUACUAUGCAAGAAAUGAGCAAAAAUUUAGAAAAAAAUAUUACAGAAGAAACUCCAGUACAAAAAACUACCAUCAGUACACAAACUGUUGUUCCUACUGCCCAUUGUUAUUCCCAGACAGUAGCUAUGGAUUUGUUCAGCGAAAUUAGAAGGAGGUUCCUGAAAAAUUACAAUGGGCAAUUGCCCGACACUGUUCCUGAUUGCAUCAAUGUAAUGGAAGAUGUGGACAAACUCAUAAACAAUUUAACAAAUUUCAGGAAGAGUUUGUUCAGCAAAUUCAAAACCGAAUCUCAGGAUAAAAGGGUGGAAAAAAAGAGGAAAUCCAACGACGGUAACUACAAUAAUAACAGGGAGAGAAAUUUUAAGCGCCACAGGUGGGAACAGGCUGGAUCCAGUAGAGGAGAAAGAUCGAAAAAUAAUUAUGACCAAUCGAAAAUCAGAAAGGAAGUAAAUAAACCCAAAAGUCCUGAAAAAGUUGAUAACAUUGUGCAACAAAAUAAUGCAGUUGCAAGUAUUAAUUUUAAUUUCAAAUUGUUGGAAUUUCCAGAAGUUACCGAAAAAGUUUUAGUAACCAAGGUAAUUGAAGAUUCCCUUGUAAUAACUACAGAACGCGGGAAAAUCCAUUUCUGCAGCUUGGAAGAUGGAAGCUUCAAACACACUUUGGAAGUGUCGAACAUGCCUGUGACAUGUCUCGACUACAGCAAGCAAGAAUCGCGCCUCUACGUCGGAACUUUCGAUUCGGUACUAAAAAUCUACGAUUUUAAAACAAAACAGCUCAUCAAAAGUGAGCCCAUCGACGACGGUGUGCAAUGCAUCGAGUACCGAUGGGAGUACAUUUUCAUGGGCGGCCGAAGGGGGUUUCUGAUGAGAUACUCGGAGAAGAAGGAGAAAGUGGAGUUCACAGACCAAAUCUCCAAAAGUAACGUGAUGGUUUUAAAGGCGACGCAAGAGGGCGCUCGUAGAAUCUUGCUGGUGGGCUCCAGGCAUGCGCCGGUUUGCAUAAGGGACGCCAUAACUGGACUGCACAUGCGCACAUUGGCCGACCAUAUUUCACCGACGGUAUACUCGCUUUUGCUGGAGCGAAGCUUGGUGUAUUGCGGCACUACGGCCCACAACGUUUUGGUGUUCUCGUUUAACGAUGGAUCCUUGAAGGACGUCUACAACGCCCCAAACUCAAAGGGGAUAGGGGGCAUGAAAAUUUUUGAAAAUUUAUUGUUUGCAAGCUGCCUCAACGGGUUUAUAUACACAUAUAACUUGAAAGAUAACCAGUACAUUGGUAGCAUUAAGGGCCCUGGUGGUGUAAUUCUAUCAAUGGAAGUUAUUAAAUACCAGAUAAUAGUGAGCACUAUGUCAUUGAAGUUUACUUCUAUUGCCAUACCAAAGUACAUUCUGAAAUGUAUUUCUCUAUAAAAUGAAUUAAUUAGCUUCCUUUUUGUAGUGGAAUAUAGCUUUAAUUUUGUGUAAUAAUUUUUUAUAUAAUAA